AUGCGGCCCGCGAGUCUCCACAUAUCCAAGCGGCUCUCCCGCUCUUUCAGCUCUAUCCCGCUUCGCCGGGAAGAGCUCAUUCGCUCUUCGUCACUGCUCACUCGGGCUUCGCAGGGAGCUGCGCAGACUGCGGAAAGUCGACCCCUGCUUCUCGGCGCAGACUCCUGCAGGCUCGGUGCCCGUGAGCUGGUGAAGCGAGAGGAGCGCACGGGGGGACUGCUCUCCGUGGAUCUCUCGCGCUGGUUUUCGUCCGCUGUCGCUUCGGAGGAAAUGAGUGAAAAUGCCGACGACAAGUCGCUCGGCGCGCAGAUGUGGGCUGCCGCGAAAGACAUGGAGGUUCUCAACGACGCCGAAGAAGACAUGUCCGAAGAUGAGGACGUUGAGGCGGAAGUCAGAACCAAUUUGAAGCCGCUCACGCUCCCCGCCGAAGACGUUGCGACCCUGCGAGAAGCUGUCAGGCGCUUCGCCGAAGAAGAGAUCCGACCAAAAGUUCAGGCCAUGGACGAAGCAGGCACAAUCGAUCCCGAUAUUAUCAAGAGCCUCUUUAAACAAGGUUACUUGUCUCUCGAAGUGGACCAGAAAUACGGCGGCAGCGGCAUGCCGUUCUUCAACUCGCUCGUCGUCAUGGAGGAGAUUUCGAGAGUCGACCCCGCCGUGGGAACUCUAGUGGACAUCCACAACACGUUGAUCAACCGCGCGCUCAUGCUCUACGGCACGGAUGAACAGAAAGCCAAGUAUCUGCCGCAGCUCGCGUCGAACACGCUCGGGUCGUUUUGUUUGAGUGAGAGCGAGAGCGGCAGCGACGCCUUCGCCUUGAAGGCUACGGCACGUCGGUCGGAGAAUGGAGACGCCUGGGUGCUGCAGGGGACGAAGCAGUGGAUUUCCACCGCGCGAGAGGCCGGUCUCUUCCUCAUCUUCGCCAGCUACGACCUCAAUGAAGGGUACAGAGGCAUCACGGCCUUUCUCGUGGACGCCGGCACGCCGGGGCUGAAGGUUGGUAGACCUCUGGACAAACUCGGCAUCAAGGCGUCCUCCACCUGCGAAGUCGUGCUCAACGACGUCCAGGUACCCGACAGCUGCGUCUUGGGCGAGGUCGGCGAAGGCUACAAAGUCGCGAUGAGGCUUCUGAAUGAAGGCCGCAUCGGCAUCGCGGCGCAGAUGCUUGGGCUUGCCAAAGGAGCCCUUGACAGAGCGAUGCAGUACAUCAACGACCGCCGGCAGUUCGGUCAGCGGGUCGCCGAUUUCCAAGGCGUUCGCUUUCAAUUCGCUCAGCUCGCGACGGAGAUCGAGGCCGCGCAUCUGCUAACUUACAACGCGGCGCUUCUGCGGGAGGCUGGCGUUCCGUUUGCGAAGGAGGCGGCGAUGGCAAAGCUGAAGACCUCGCAGGUCGCGCAGCAGGUCGCGAGCGCCGCAGUCGAUUUUCUGGGCGGAAACGGCUUCACGAAGGAUUUCGGCGUGGAGAAGCUCUAUCGCGACAGCAAGAUAGGAACGAUCUACGAAGGAACAACCAACAUGCAGCUCCACACCAUUGCGAAAAUGAUGCAGAAGAACUACGAAAACAUGAAGUAA